CAGCGACAACUACAGGCCAAGUAUUAAACUUCCGGCCUACAUCAAUUUUCAAGUGGGGAAUUUCGGGAAAAUAUUUCCAUUAUAUUUACCAAGUUUUAUCAUUAAAUCGAUCCUUGAUAUUUCAUUUUCAAUAUAUAAAAGAGAUUCACUUACUUGGAAAGAAGCAUUUUGUGAUUAGGAACUAAAUAGUCAAGUGUUUGGGAUCGGUUUUUGUCACGUGUGAAAAACAAUGGCAGGUCCGGUGAAAAAACGUGAAAUUCAACAAAAUUUUGGCAAAACUAAAGAUGAUGAGAGCGGCAAUUCAUCUGGAAAUGAAGAAAAUGAGAAUGUUGUCUCUAAAGAGCAGGGAAUGGAAAUUACUGUCGAUUUUGAAGGACGAAGCCCAACGGAUCCUGAUUUUCAUGGGAUCAAAACUCUUUUGCAACAACUUUUCCUAAAAGCACAUGUGGACUUGAGCAAUCUCACAAAUUUGAUAAUUGAACAAAAUUACAUUGGAUCAGUCGUGAAACAAUCGCAAGAUGACGCAGCCUCUGACGACGAAGACGACGAUGAUGACAUCAACGAUGUUUUUGGAAUUACAACUGUAAUCAAUAUUUCCAAUCGACAGAAUGUACAAUGUAUUCAGCAAUUACGCGAUUUACUGAAACAAAUGGCCAACGAUCAUGCAACUGACGCGACAAAUACAAUGAUUAAAAAUGUCCUUGAAAAUGAUUCAGCGCCACUUGGCUUAUUAAUCAACGAACGUUUCGUUAAUCUUCCCGCACAAAUUUCCAUUCCACUCAUGGAGAAUUUAAUUUCCGAAAUGAAGCGUGCCACCAAUAAACGAAUGCCAUUUGAAUUUUCACAUUUCAUAUUAAUUUGCAAAUUAUACAAACCAUCCGAGCAGGAUGUGACAAUGAAGAAAAACAAAAAUAAACGUCGAAACGCAAACGAAGAGCCGGAAAUAUUUUGGAGUAAUCCAGAGGAGGAACUUUUCAAUGAUGAAGCAACUUGUAGUUUUGAGUUUUCCGUUGAAUUAGAGUCUGACAGUGGUCUUUCCGGUGCUUGGACUGAAUCAGAUAAAGAGAUGACUCCCUAUAGACGAGUUCUUUUGUUUGACGCCUCAAAACUUCAGACAAUCGUCGAUAAGAUAAAGCAAGAAAUUCAAUGAAUGAUCUUUCGCGAAAAAAAAUGAAGAAAACUCUUAUAUACUCUUUCAAAAA